AUGUCGUUCACCGAUAACCCGCCUCUCCCCUCGACCGACUGGGACAUCCUCAUCACCGGCAGCGGGAUCAAGCAAUCCCUCCUCGCCGUAGCACUAUCCCGCGCCGGCCGAACCGUCCUCCAAAUCGACCACAACGCCUACUACGGCGGCUCCAGCACGGCCUUCUACACCCACUCCGACAUCACCACCUGGACCGCCCGCGUCAACGCCGGGCACGAAGCCGGCUUCUCCCACGCCGAGCUGGUCGGCGGCGUGCUCGGGCGCGGGUUCACCCUGUCGCUGGCGCCGGACUUGGUGUACUGGGACAGCGCGCUGCUGCGGAUGCUGCGCGCGGCGGACAUGGCGGAGUCGUUUUCGUGGCAGGCCGUGGGGAGCUGGUGGGUGUGGUUGACGGAUGAGGAGGUUGCUGUGCCUGCUGCUGCUGCUGCUGCUGCUGCUGCGGGUGGUGGGGGCGGGGCGUUGUUGAUGGAUGCGGGGGUCAAGGCGGCGAAGGCGGUGGCGGCGGGGAAGAAGAGGUGGAAUAAGGGGAGGAAGAAGACGGCGGCGGCGGAGGAGGAGACUGUGGGUGAGGGUGAGGGAGCUGCGGUGGCAGAUCCGCCGCCGCCGCUGCAGGAGGAGGGCGCGACGACGACGCUGAGAAAGAUGGGCGGGUUUAGGGAGGUGGCUUGCACGUUCGAGGACGUGGCGUGGAAAGCACCGCGACAUCUUCACAGAAUACAAAACCAAACCGCUCACAACCCUCCUCACAACCCUCUUCCCCCUCCCCCCUCUGCAACAACCUCCCUCUCCUCCCUCUCGCUCCUCCCCACGCCCCCCGCCACCACCCCGCUGUCCACCGCCCUCCCGGCACUCGCACGCCACUUCCGCUCCCUCGGAAACAUCCCCGACGUCCGCUCCGCCGCCGCACUCACGGUCGCCUACGGCGGCUCCGCGGAGCUGUGUCAGGUCUUUUCGCGCGCUGCUGCUGUCGCGGGGGGCGUCAAUGUGCUCGGCCGCGGUGUCAGUGCGGUUAGGCCCGCGGAGAAGGAGCAGGAGCAGGGGGAAGAGGAAGCGGGGGGGAAGCAGCGGAGGAGGAGGUAUAAAGUGGCGCUGGACAACGGCGAGGAGAUAGGCGUGGACUGGAUCAUUGGCAGUCCCUCGGACCUCCCUUCCACUCCUACUCCGCCUUCCUCCGCCCCGCAACCCACCACCACCGCCACAGAACAACCAACAGCGUUAUACAGAGCAGCCUACAUCCUCACCGCCGACCUGCCCACGCUCUUCCAGAAGAAGUACGCCGACGAGGCCAUCACGCCCGCCGCCGCAGUGCUCAUGGUCCCUGUGGCGGAGGAGGGUGGUGCCGCGGUGCCGGUGUAUAUCCUUGCGCGCUCGUGGGUGACGGGCGAGUGCCCGCGUGGGCAUACGCUCCUCUACGCAUCAACAACCCACAGCUACGCCGCCAUCAGCACUGCCGUGUCGCGGCUGCUACAGAGCCAGGAGGUGCCGCCGGGGGUGUUGCUCUCGCUGUUCUACACCCAGACUCACUUUUCGCCUACAAACACAGGUGAGGAUGCAGAGGGGGUGGUGUAUCUAGCCCCCGAGGAGCCAGGCGUUGUGUUCGAUGACGGCGCCGUGGAGGAGGCGCGGGGGGUGUUUGGUCGGAUUGUUGGCGGGGGCGAGGAAGAGGGGUUCAUGAGGCUGCCCGAGAGCGCGAGGAGACUGUUGGAUGAGAUGGAAGAGGCUUAG